AUGGGCGACUAUCUCGAUUCUUUGCCUUCUGCAGGCCCCCAAGGCAGUCGAGAAUGGGAAACAUUUCCAUGGCAGCACUUUCGCGGCUACACCAAAUCCCAACGCGCCGGCAAGCUCAAGUCGCUGUGGGUAUGCGGGACCUGUUCGGUCAAGAAAUCGCCCCAAGGACCCCCAAGCUUUGCAGCGAAGGGAACGACAAAUAUCGAGCGCCAUCUGCACGAUGCGCACCGCAUUUCUGGGCCGUUGGGGAAACGUCUGCCGAAAGGUACGACAACAAAGAAGCGCUCUAUCGCACAGUUCUUCGAGCUCGACGCAAACGACGGCAAAGAGCAGGCCUUGAUCAACACGCUCAAGAAUCACUUUGAUAAGAAUGUGUUCCAAUCACUCCUACUUGCUUGGAUCACCGAGUCAAAUGUUGCCUUUCGCGCCAUCGAAGCCCCUCGAUUCCGUUCUCUGCUCGACUAUCUCAAUCCUUCAAUUGGCCUGACCCAGUCACACAUGACUCACACGACCAUUCGGUCCAGGCUUUUCGAAGAGUAUCACCAAUACAAGGGCGUUGUGGUGGCAGAAGUCAUCACCUCGUUCGAGAUACAGGAUAAGAUUGGCUACUUCACGUUGGAUAACGCGGAGAACAACGACACCGCGAUGAGGGCCCUGGACGACGAGGUCUUCGAUUCAGAAGAUCGUACCAAUAUUCUCGACCUGGCUCAGCACAACCUUUGGCGAAAAAGGCUGACCUAUCUACUACGGAGCCUGCAGGAGAAGAAGGAUGGUACGAAAAGGCCGGUCGACGUUGUGACCUAUAACAUGACGCGCUGGCUGUCUCAUUACAAAAUGAUGGAUCGGGCUCUUCCUUCGCGAAUUUCUCGACGACCUUGUCGCGAUCGAACGGUUCGAGCACAGCAGAGGCAGGUCGAGAAGUAG